AUGGAGAUCUUGAAGAAAUUUGGAGCGAAUGUCGUCGCGAAUCCAGUAGAUGAAAUGAGUCUGGUGGUCGCGACAACAGACAAACAUGUCAAGACUCGAGCUGAAGUCAAAGCGGGGAUGGCGACAGUGGUCCGUGCCAAGUGGGUACUCAGAUGUGAGGAGCAGGGCAAAGUAGUCCCAUGGUGA